AUGCCUCUCGCGAACGAAAAGGCCCAGUCAGUAUUUGAAGCAGGCGUUGCCUUCGCAUUGCACCUUUGGACGGCGCUGUCGCUUGCUGUUGAUCAAGAAUGGGGAGGUCCGGACAGCGCUGACAAGCGCGACUGGAUGGCUGGUGUUGUUGUUGACAUGUUUGAGAGUGGCAAGGAUAUCGAACCCGACGACAUCGCAGAUCAGCUCGACCAGAUCAUGCAAGACGAAUUCGACGUCUCUCUCGAAGACGACUCAUCAUACCAAGUCGCAGGCACUUGCGUGAAGCUCCACAAGGACUGUGCAGCUGGUGACUUUACCUUUGCGUCCACUCUGAAGAAGCAGUUUUCGGAGAAGAGACCGAGUGCGGCGAAGAGGAUGUUGCAGGAGGGUGACGAGGAGGACAGUAGCGAUGAGGAGGGCGAGGCUGUGGAUCAGGAGGGAGACACGGCCAUGGGAGAUGAGGAGCCUGCGGCAAAGCCUGAACCGGUCAUUGACGAGGAUGGAUUCGAGUUGGUUCAGAAGCCUAGAAAGGGAAGACGAUAG